AUGGCACUCAAUGACCUCCUCGUUGGGAUGAUGGCGCUACCCAGCAUUCUCGCAUCGUCUCUGGAGCGUUGGCCCUUCGGACAAACAUUCUGCAAGAUCAACGGAUACUUGUUCGGCACCUCGUAUAAGCAAAGAUCACGUUCAACGGCUGAAUCGAAUAAGCCUGAGGAUGCCAAACGUGGAUUUUUGGACAACAAGGCCAUUCGGACGUUCUUGAUCAUCACUGUCACCUUCACGGCUUGCUGGCUGCCAGUAACAGUAGCCAGAACCCUCCAAGCCUCAAGAGCAAUAUCCCUGCCGGCGUGGAUCGACUUUCUGGUCAGCUGGCUCUCUGUCGCCAACAGCUUCUGUAAUGUCUUCAUUUACUUCUUCUUCAAUCGUUCCUUCAAGCUCGCUGCUAAGAAGAUGCUCGCGGAGAGAUUUGGCUGCUGCCAGACUUCUGUCAUGCCAGUAUUGACCUAA